UAGUGGAAUGCAAACCUGAUCCAUACAUCCAGACUUACUAUGUGUUCAGGAUGAACUGGAUUUACCGGACUUUUUAUUUCAUUUUCUUAGUUGCUUCUGUUUACAGUGAAUGUGUGACUCAGAUCUAUGAAAAUACAUUCUUCCAAGGAGGAGACCUCACUACAGUUUUUACGCCGACUGCCAAUUACUGCCAAAUAGUGUGUACUUACCAUCCUACCUGUCUGCUCUUCACCUACUUGCCAGCAACAUGGACUAAAGAUCCUGCAAAAAGGUUCUCCUGCUAUUUAAAAGACAGUGAUACAGAAAUGCUGCCGAAAGUGGAUAUGGAAGGAGCUAUCUCUGGACAUUCCUUAAAACAGUGUAACCAUAUUACUGCUUGCAGCCCAGAUGUCCAUGUAGGACUGGAUAUGGAAGGGAAUAUUUUUGAUAUUACUAUGGCUGACAGCUAUCAAGAAUGCCAAAAACGAUGUACCAAUGACAACCGUUGUCAUUUUUUUACAUAUGCCUCUGAAGCAUUUCACAAUUCAAGCUUUUGUAAAAAAUGCUUCUUGAAACAGACCAGUGUAGGAACUCCAACCAACAUUAAGGUGCUUGAUGAGGUUGUGUCUGGAUUCUCUCUAAGGACAUGCCAGCUUUCUGAAUCAGAUUGUCAAAUGGACAUUUUUGAAGAUCAAGUGUUUUCAGGAAUUAAUAUUACAAGUUUUUUCACUCCUGAUAUUUCUGUCUGCCAAACUAUUUGUACAUAUUUUCCAAAGUGCUUGUUCUUUACAUUUUUUACCAGAAAAUCGCAAAUAGAAUCUCAAAGAAAUCUUUGCCUUCUGAAGACAUCAACAAGUGGAAUUCCAGAGGCCCUCAUAUUGCAAGAAAAUGCUGUAUCAGGCUUUGGCCUCCUAAAUUGUAGAAGACCUUUUCCUGCCUGCAAUUCCCGCACUUACACCCAUAUGGAUUUUUUGGGAGAUGAACUUAAUGUCACUUACACUAAAGGACACAGAGCCUGUCAGCAGGUUUGCACAGACAUGAUCCGCUGCCAAUUUUUUUCCUAUUCUCUCCUCCAAGGUUCAUGCCAUGAAGAAGGAAAGUGUGCGUGUCACCUUAGAAUGUCCUCAAAUGGAUCUCCAGUGAAAAUAGUGCGUGGACCAGGAAGUAUUUCUGGAUACUCACUAAGAUUAUGCAAAAAAAAAGCCACGUGUAUGCAGCAUUCUGCCAGAACAAUUAGGAUUGUUGGUGGCACAGACUCUUUCCCUGGUGAGUGGCCGUGGCAGGUCAGCUUGCAUGCCAAGCUGUCUCGCCAGAGACACCUGUGUGGGGGCUCCAUCAUCAGCAACCAGUGGAUUCUCACAGCUGCUCACUGUGUCACGAGUCUAGAGAAUCCCAACAUUUGGCGUAUUUAUGCUGGUAUUUUAAGACAAUCAGAAAUAAAUGAGGAUACACCCUUCUUCAAAGUGGAAGAGAUUAUUGUUCACUCCCAGUAUAAACAUGCACAGAUUGGAUAUGACAUUGCUUUAAUGAAACUUGCUAAGCCUAUGAAUUUUACUGAUCUUCAACUACCUAUCUGCCUGCCAUCAAAAGAGGAUGCCAACAUAUUUUAUACUGACUGUUGGGUAAUUGGAUGGGGUUACAGAAAAGAAAAAGGUCGGGUACAAGAUAUUCUUCAAAAGGCUCCUGUUCCCUUCAUGUCAAAAGAGGAAUGCCAGGCAAGGUACCGGAGGCGCAGAAUAGGUGACAAAGUGAUCUGUGCUGGCUAUGAUGAAGGAGGAAGGGAUGCUUGUAAGGGAGACUCAGGAGGGCCCCUGUCAUGCAGGCACGAGGAGCUGUGGUAUCUGGUGGGCAUCACCAGCUGGGGCGAAGGGUGCGCUCGCCCCAGGCAGCCAGGAGUCUACACCAAGGUUGCUGACUAUUUAGACUGGAUUCUGGAAAAAACUACAUAGUAUGAGGAUUACUGACUCACUCAAAGUGUUGCUGUGGAAUAAAAACCCUCAGAGCUAUGGGAUAAAAUGUA